AACAACUCCAGAUGGAUAUCUCUCCAAGUUUUCCAUUUUAAAAACCUUUAUAGCCAUAAAUCUCUAGUCUACUUUUAAAUUAUUCAAUUAAAACAAGAUGAUUUUCUUAAAUAGUACUGUUUUCACAUUCACUUUUUUUUUACAACAUAUUUACAUGAUUUCGGUUUUCAACAUUAAAUAAACACACCCUGCUUCCUAAUAACUACAUUGGUUGAAAAAUGUCAAUGCUUAAAUGUCGAGGGUGGGUUUUAUUUUGAAGGCAGGAGGGCCAACAUCCGGCGGCGGCUGGCUGUGUUCUGAUUGGCUGCAGCCUCCUCGCUGAAGUCGCCGUGUUGGAGCUGCAGGCAGAAAUGGAGGAGCUUAGCGCCGUGGGAGAGCAGGUCUUUGAUGCGGAAUGCAUCUUGAACAAACGCGUGAGAAAGGGAAAGUUGGAGUUUCUCGUCAAGUGGAGGGGAUGGUCAUCCAAACACAACAGCUGGGAGCCUCAAGAAAACAUCCUGGACCCGAGGCUGCUGGCUGCCUUCAACAAAAAGGAGCAGGAGAAGGAGCUGCUGAUGCUCAAAAGAGGGAAGAGACCCCGAGGAAGACCACGGAAGAUCCUGGACAGCUUACCAGAACCGCCCAAGUCCAGCACCUCAUCUUCAGCGAUGUCUUCUUCAUCUGACUCCUCAUCCUCCUGCUCCUCCUCCUCAUCCUCCUCAGAAGAUGAAGAUGAAGAUGAGGACAGCCACCUUCAGCAGACGGCGCCGACUGUCCGGACCAGAGACCAUGACCCCGUCCCACAGAAGAAGGCUCAAAUCCUGAUGGCCAAACCGGAUCCGUCAAAGAAGCGCAGAGGUGAGGCGAAGGAGCUUCAGCAGAACAAAGCUCCUCCCAAAACGGACAAGGGCCCCGAUCUGCCGGGGGGCCCCCAUAAGCCGGUCCAGCCGCCCGGCUUUGCCUUCUUGGGCUUCCACCGCGGCUCAGCCAGGGAGGCGGUGGGGGCUCAGAACCGGAGUCCUCUGGCCCAGGGCGGGGGGGUCAAGAACGCCCCGGGCUCCGCGGGACCCGGAAGGUCCUCGGUGCAGACCUCCCUCCCCCUGAACAAAUCCGGCCAGAGCAGACCGUCCGCCGUGAGCAGCGGGGCGAGUCUGGAUCUGAAAAAGGCUAAAGGGGUCGCAGCGCUGCACCUGAACCCUUCCAAACACCCCCUCCAGGGGGCAGCGCAGCACACACCCGGCGGGCAGAGGAAAGCCCACACCCCCCUGUCAACGAUGCAGCGGAUGCUCAGCACCAAAACAGGGACUCCCCCUCCAAAGAACCCCCCCUCCAACCCAGGAUCUGGUCCACAGCCCCUCAACCUUCAUCACAAACUGUCUCAGGGCAGCGGCACUGCUGGGAACGCCCAGAGGGGCGCCGCCACCCCCGCCAAGAAAGCCGCCACCCCCGCACAGGUGCACCACGAUGACCCCCAGAGAAGACCAGCAGCCAGGAAGAGCCAACCCGACAAGUCCGGAUCCGAGGUCCAGAAGCAGCCGGAGAGGUCGAAGAAGCCCAGAAUGACGGAGAUGAGCACGGGGGAAGAGGAAAGCAGCUCCGACUCCGACCACGACGCUUCCUUCAACGGGGCGGCCGUCCAGAACCAGGACUGGAAGCCCACGCGCAGCCUCAUCGAGCACGUGUUCGUCACCGACGUCACCGCCAACCUGGUCACCGUCACCGUCAAGGAGUCGCCCACCAGCGUGGGCUUCUUCAGCCUUCGCAACUACUGAGCCGCCUCCAAGGAGAACCAGAGCCGGUUCUGAGAGAAACCCCUUGAAUUACAGGGUUCAUUUGUUCCUCCUCUAUUAAUCAAAACGAGCCGUUUGGCUAAUUUGCUGGUUCCGAUUGGGAUUAUUUAUUUUCUUAAACCUUUUUCUUCGUCAUCGUUUUGCUCUAAAGUAAAAAAUCUGAAGCUUCCUUUGAGGCUCUGGUCAAUUUCACGUCCAAACCUUCACAUUUCUGCUCUGAAACUAGGUUUACUGGUAAUAUUUCAACCGUUUUCAUAUAAAUCGUGAACAAACGAUGUAACUUUUGUCAUUAAAACUGUCCUUUUGUGAAAACAGAGGCCUUUGCUGCAAAGUGACAAAAACAUUCAGAGAAUUAAUCUGGGGAUUACACAAACCGCAGUCACAGCUUGUAAAUAAAUUCAAAUAGAUUAAUUUAAACCAGCUGGGACUGAAAUGAUCACUGUGGAGUCUUUUGCUUAAAAAAUGGAUUUGAAUCAUUUUUCUGUUGUUUUAUACUUACAAGCACAGAGUGAAACUAUUGUUUUUGUAGUUCUGUGUAUUAGCUACCUCUGUCUGCCAGUUUUCACUGCAGGCUUCUGCAUAAGCUGGACUGUUCUGUUCUGGAAAAGCGGCGCUCAGAUUGUUUGUUUGGCUUCAUCUGGGGUUUUCCUGAACGGGUUGUUCUUCUGGUUCUGCAGGAUCAGUCCUGCCGGGCUUCCAUUUUUUUUUAUUUUGAGAAAAGGGAAUGGCGGCCCCGAGCGCUACUUCUUCCUGCAGAGCCCCUCCUGUUCUGCAGACGUUGUGCUCAGAGACAGAAUCAUUUUCAUGUUCUCGUCGGCUAAAGUGCCAAACAUCCUGCUGACAGAGGAACGUGGGGAACACAUCUUUACAAUCGCUUAGGUCUCCUGGAAGCGUGGACUAAGGCGUUCUUUGGCAGGGGAACGCUCCUACAGGAACUUUAGAUUUGUACUAACCGUUUCAAAGGAGGGUGUUCUCUUUACAAUCUAUUUAUUUUCAGGGCGGUGUCACCUGUUCUCUGUUGUGCCUCUCCUCAUUUUUACUAAUAAAAUACUUCAAAAACAGGA